CCGUACGGAAGUGUGCUUUGGCGCACCGGAAGCCACUGGAAGAGAGCUAUGGCGGGUUUGACUGUGCGAGACCCUGCGGUGGAUCGUUCUCUACGUUCUGUGUUUGUGGGAAAUAUUCCUUAUGAAGCUACUGAAGAGCAAUUGAAGGACAUCUUUUCUGAGGUUGGACCUGUUGUUAGUUUCAGAUUGGUAUACGAUAGGGAGACAGGAAAGCCAAAGGGUUAUGGCUUCUGUGAAUACCAAGACCAAGAGACAGCACUUAGUGCCAUGCGGAACCUGAAUGGGCGUGAAUUCAGUGGAAGAGCACUUCGAGUAGACAAUGCUGCCAGUGAAAAGAACAAAGAAGAGCUGAAGAGCCUUGGCACUGGAGCCCCUGUCAUUGAAUCACCUUAUGGAGAGACCAUCAGUCCUGAAGAUGCCCCUGAGUCCAUUAGCAAAGCAGUUGCCAGUCUUCCACCAGAGCAGAUGUUUGAGCUGAUGAAGCAAAUGAAGCUCUGUGUUCAGAAUAGUCCCCAGGAAGCCCGGAACAUGUUGCUUCAGAACCCUCAACUGGCUUACGCUUUGCUGCAAGCACAGGUAGUGAUGAGAAUUGUGGAUCCGGAAAUUGCUCUGAAAAUUCUGCAUCGCCAGACAAAUAUCCCAACGCUGAUUGCAGGCAACCCUCAGCCAGUCCACGGUGCUGGGCCUGGCUCAGGAUCCAAUGUGUCAAUGAACCAACAGAAUCCUCAGGCCCCUCAGGCCCAGUCUUUGGGUGGAAUGCAUGUCAAUGGUGCACCUCCUUUGAUGCAAGCUUCUAUGCAGGGUGGAGUUCCAGCACCAGGGCAAAUACCAGCUGCUGUCACAGGACCUGGCCCUGGUUCCUUAGCUCCUGGAGGAGGAAUGCAGACCCAGGUUGGAAUGCCAGGAAGUGGACCAGUGUCCAUGGAACGGGGACAAGGAACCCUACAGCACUCGCCCGUGGGACCUGCUGGGCCUGCAUCAAUUGAGCGAGUUCAAGUGCCGAUGCAAGACCCCAGGGCAGCUAUGCAGCGGGGAUCCUUGCCUGCCAACGUCCCAACUCCUCGGGGUCUGUUAGGAGAUGCUCCGAAUGACCCACGGGGAGGCACUUUACUUUCUGUAACUGGAGAGGUGGAGCCUAGAGGUUACCUAGGACCACCUCAUCAGGGUCCACCUAUGCACCAUGUCCCUGGCCAUGAGAGCCGUGGACCACCCCCACAUGAGAUGAGGGGAGGGCCAUUAGCCGAGCCCAGACCUCUAAUGGCAGAGCCAAGAGGACCCAUGCUAGAUCAGAGGGGUCCACCUUUGGAUGGCAGAGGUGGAAGAGAUCCCCGAGGAAUAGAUGCACGAGGGAUGGAGGCUCGAGCCAUGGAGGCAAGAGGAUUAGAUGCUAGAGGAUUGGAGGCCCGUGCAAUGGAGGCCCGUGCAAUGGAAGCCCGUGCUAUGGAGGCCCGAGCAAUGGAGGCCCGUGCGAUGGAAGUCCGAGGGAUGGAGGCCAGAGGCAUGGAUACCAGGGGCCCAGUGCCUGGCCCUAGAGGACCUAUACCUAGUGGAAUCCAGGGUCCCAAUCCAAUUAACAUGGGGGCGGUUGGUCCCCAGGGAUCCAGACAGGUCCCAGUCAUGCAGGGAACAGGCAUGCAGGGAGCAAAUAUGCAGGCUGGAAGCCAGCCUGGUGGCUUUAGUCCUGGACAGAACCAAGUCACUCCACAGGAUCAUGAGAAGGCUGCUUUGAUUAUGCAGGUUCUACAACUGACUGCAGACCAGAUUGCCAUGCUGCCUCCUGAACAAAGGCAGAGUAUCCUGAUCUUAAAGGAACAAAUACAGAAAUCCACUGGAGCGCCUUGAGAAGUUUUCAAAAAUACCUGACAACAAAUCUGGAAAUAAAUUUCAUAACUUUGUUGAAAUGUUGAGAAAAGAUGACUUCUGCAUCCUAACCCUUGAAUGACUCAAAUCAGUGCCAGGUGGAGGAUUCUCGUCACCUUCUCUCAGAACAAAAUCAGUUCAUUUUGUUGUCUUAGUUUGUAUAUUUUCUGUGACUUGAAAUAAACUUUGAACAUAAUUUUAGUACACUGCAAA